GAGCACAGCAAUCCAAAGUGUCGGUUGUUUAUAUUCAGUUCUCCACUCUGAACCAUCAAAUUCUUCUACUAAGAUCUCUUUUGGUUCCUCCCCACUUUUUUUUUUUUUUUUAAACGGAGGUAUUAGAACGGGUAAAUAGAAUUUUUUUUCUUUUUAGAUCGGCAGAAAUAUAAAGGUAUAGGAAAAAAAUCUUGUUAACAAACAGCAAAGCAAUAACUUUUUUCACGGAUGCAAACCGGAAACAGAGUAGUUAAGCCCAAACAAAAGCUUUCUGCUUAAAGUUAUCUGCAGGAAGGAGAUGGGUUAUUUUGAUCCUAACUUCUACUCUCUUGAAGAAUACACCGUCUCUCCACCAACGUAAUUUUUUUUUUUUUUUUGAAAGAAAAAAAAUAAAAUUGUUUUUUAAUUGACUUAAACAGUGAUAUAUUAUUCAGUUGAUUAAUUAUUAGACUUAAUUUUGGGUAUUGCUGCAGGGUGUCUGUUGAUAAUGAUACUUAUCCAGAUCAUACAGUUGUUAAGGUACUGAAAGCUGAUAUAUUACUGUACAUCACUGCAUAUAUAUUGACAUUACAUAUAACGCUUGCAUGGCCAAUUACUUUGCAUGCAGGUGAACGGUGCGAACAGGCAUGGAAUACUGCUUGACAUAGUUCAGGCCAUCACCGAUCUCGACCUCAUCAUCUCCAAAUCCACCGUCUCAGCCGAUGGGGAAUGGAUCAUGAAUGGUACACUAUUUAAUACAUUAUACUAUGCAUACCUUCAUGCAUGGAUCAUGCAUGCAUGAUGGAUAUAAAAUGAGAUUCAAUUAGAAUAUUAAUAUAUUAUGAUCUUCAUAAUUAAUUAAUUAACAUCGAUCGAUCGAUCACAGUAUUCCACGUGACGGAUGAACUCGGCAACAAAAUGACGGACCCGGCGCACAUCCGCUACAUAGAACAGUCAUUGAUGUUCGCCGAAAGGCGCGGAGGAGGAAGCGGCCGUCCGCCGGAUGAGGUGACGACAUGCCUGAACAACCUGCUCGGUGCAGGCCACCUUUCCUCCGAACACGCAGUGCUCGAAAUGACGGUAACCGACCACCCCGGCCUUCUCUCCGAGGUGUUGGCUACGCUCCUCGAUUUCUCCUUUGAGGUUAACUCAGCCGUAGCAUGGGCGCACAAUGGCCGCGCUGGUUUCAUUUUCCACGGCCCGAAUUCGCGUGCCCCGACGACCGGGUUGAAGGUGCAAUUGAGGCGUGUGGUUGAAGCCCAUUGUAUUAGGGGUAUUGAGAAAUGGCAGUUGGAGAUUUCGGGGCCGUCGCCUGAUCGUGCGCACAGUGCUGAGCGACGGCUUCAUCAGAUAAUGCGAGAGGACAAUGACUGGGAGGGGAUGGCCGGAAGGACUGAUUUUCCAUUGGCAUCAGAAGCUGUUGUGACGGCUGUGGAGAUGGAGGUGUCGGUGAGAAAUAAUUACAUGGUGGAGGUGAAUGUGAGGAGUAGGGACCGUCCAAAGCUGGUUUUUGAUGUGGUGUGCACGCUGCAGGACUUGGAUUAUGACGUGGUUCAUGCCUCUGUUAGCACGGAAGAAACCAUUGCUGUUCAGGAAUACUACAUCAAGAAAAGGGGUGGUUGGUCGAGGCUGACGGAGAUGGAGAAGGGGAAGCUCGUCGAGUGCCUCAUGGCGGCUAUAGAACGAAGGCCGGGGCCUUGGUGGAUGAGACUGGAGGUGCGAGUUCUCGAGUACCGAGACAGUUUGUUAUGGGAGAUCACGAGGGUCAUACGGGAGAAUGGAAUGUUGGUGCUGGGGGCUAAGUGGGACAAGAAGGGAGAAUUGGCUGCUGGUAUUUUUUAUGUCAAGGGGGGCUCAUCGAGCGGGAAUGUGGCUCGCCGGCUGAUCCGGUGGUUGCGCAACGAGAUCGGCGGUUGCGAUUUUGAAAUAAAAGAAUCCAAUAAUUCAUGAAGACGGUGGUGGUUCGGAUGUAUCUUGAUUUUUUUU